AUGUUGGCAGGUCAGAAGUUGUGUUAUGGAGGACCAAAGCAUCCAUGCUAUAAGAUUGCCUACUUCAAUGAAAUGUCCAGCAGAGUGGCAUUUGAGGAAGCACGUAAGGCCUGUGAAAUUGAAGGUGGGGCUCUUCUGAGCAUAGAAACUGAGACAGAGCAGAAGGCCAUUGAAAAACUUUUACAAGACCUGACAUCUUCAGUCUCAGGGAUUUUUGAUGGAGACUUCUGGAUUGGACUGAUGAGAAAUGGGGGAACACAAGAGCACACUUCCUUCACUACCUGCCCAGAACUCUACAAAUGGACAGAUGGAAGUGUUUCACAGUUCAGAAACUGGUAUUAUGAUGAGCCAUCCUGUGGAGGGGAGGCUUGUGUGGUGAUGUACCAUCAGCCAACAGCACACCAUGGCCUGGGAGGAGCCUAUCUCUACCAGUGGAAUGAUGACAGGUGCAAUAUGAAGCACAACUUUAUCUGCAAGUAUGAACCAGAAAUCUCACCUACCAAGGACAGUACUGGAAAGGAGAUGUCCAACACACAUGAGGAAGACCAGCAAGUCAUACCAGCAGGACCCUCUGGUCUGCUGCUUAUUUAUGUCAUCAUUCCUACAAUUCCUUUGCUGCUAUUGAUUCUUGUAGCUUCAGGUACCUGCUGCUUUCAGAUGUUGAGUAAAAGCAUUGGAAAGGCCAAGGAGGUGUUCAUCGCCAGAGCUGAAGGAAAUCCAGGUGAGAUGGUGAAGGAGGCUUGA